CUUCUUCUUCUUCCCCGUCGUCUCAGCAAGCCCCCAUUGGCACGCAUUAUUCCCCGUUGAGAGUGCGCAUGAUGGAGUCCUCCUACCUGGGCAAGCGCAAGCUGAACGCCAAUGGCGCCGAGCGGGAGCCGUCCGGGGCGCCGGCGGGGUUCCAGGCGGUGGUGCUCGGGUACGACGACGACGCCGGCGAGGCGGGCGCGGAGGCGCGGCGGGUGGUGGGCGAGAUGGACUUCUUCAAGACGGAGAAGAGGAAGGAGGAGGCGGCCGAUCGCUCCCACUCCGCCGCCGGCGCGCCGGACGAUCUCAGCAUCAACAAAGACGACCUGACCAUCAACAUGGGCCUGCACGUCGGCAGGAGGAAGAGCGGGAGCGAGGAGUCCAUCGUCGACGAUGGCGUCUCCUCCAACGAGGUAGAUCACAGGGAGACCAAAGCUGAGCUGGCACUGGCCAAAUCCGAGAUUGGGCGCCUGAACGAAGAGAACAAGCAGCUCAAGAACAUGCUCACCCGGGUGACCACCAACUACAACUCCCUCCAGAUGCACGUCCUCACACUGAUGCAGCAUAGGAACAGCCAUAGAGGCCUCGGCGCUCCGGGCCAUGAGCUUAGCGUUGAUCCGGAGAAGGACCAGGACGGGAGCCAGCUGCUCCCGCGGCAGUUCAUCAGCCUCGGCACCGCCGCGUCGCCCGACGAGCCGCCGCUGCGCUCCGCGGGCGCGGACAUACGCGGCUGCGACUGCUCGGCAUCGCCCAGCAACACGGACGCGGCCAUGCCGCCGCCGGUGGACUACUGCGCUGGCAAGGGCAACGCGGCCACGAUCAGCAGCAAGGACGUCAUGCCGCUGCCGACGUUCGAUCACCACCACCACCAUCAUCACCACCGCGGCGGCGCGCACGAGAGGGACCAGAGGGGCAGCAGCCCGGAGGACCCGCCGCCGCACCACGUGCCGCAGGGAUGGCUCCCCAGCAAGGUGCCCAAGUUCCUGCCCGCCAAGGGCCCCGAGCCGGUCCCCGAGGCCGCCACCAUGCGGAAGGCCCGCGUCUCCGUCCGAGCCCGCUCCGAGGCAGCCAUGAUCAGUGACGGUUGCCAAUGGAGGAAGUACGGGCAGAAGAUGGCCAAGGGCAAUCCGUGCCCCCGCGCGUACUACCGGUGCACGAUGGCCGCCGGCUGCCCGGUCCGCAAGCAGGUCCAGAGGUGCGCCGAGGACACGACGGUGGUGAUCACGACGUACGAGGGGAACCACAACCACCCGCUGCCGCCGGCCGCGAUGCCGAUGGCGUCGACCACGGCGGCGGCGGCGUCCAUGCUGCUGUCGGGCUCGAUGCCGAGCGCGGACGGCAGCCUGAUGGCGGGGUCCAACUUCCUGGCGCGCGCCGUGCUGCCGUGCUCGUCCAACGUCGCCACCAUCUCGGCGUCGGCGCCGUUCCCCACGGUGACGCUGGACCUCACGCAGCCGGGCCCGGGCGCGCCGCAGCCGCCGCCGCGCCCGGACCCCGCGCAGCUCCAGGCCGCGCUCGCCGACGCCGCGCGGCCGGUGGCGCUGCCGCAGCUGUUCGGGCAGAAGCUGUACGACCCCUCCAAGCUCUCCGCCGUGCAGGCCGCGGCCAAGGCGGCGCCGGCGGACGCGGGCGACACCGUCAGCGCGGCGGCCGUUAUCGCGUCGGACCCCAACUUCCCCGCGGUGCUCGCCGCCGCGAUCAAGUCGUACAUAGGCGGUAGCAGCAGCGGCGGCGGCGGCGGGAGCAGCGGGACCGUGCCGCCGCCGCCGGCGAGCAGCGGCGGCGACAGCAGUAGAGAUGACAAGAUCGGGGAGCAGGACAGCUGACGCGAUCGACCGUUGUUUGGCUGCCUGCUUGAAGUUUUGUUCCUCGCGUGAGUUUCGUUUAGUCCUAGCUUUCUUAGUUGAGUUUCCUUCGUCUCCUCGCGGCGGGAGACCAAAAUUUUGCUUAGUUUCCUACUCCUUUCGGUCGUUUUUGUGGCAGAAACUGGAGUAACAGUUUUGUGCUUGCUAGAUCGUUUAUUUAGGAGGGAAGAAAAUAUGCUCAAUUUUCAUGCAUACCACCUCGGUGCUCUGUAUAUGGUUGUCAGUCACCAUUGGUGUUUCGGGACGAGGCAGAGUUCAUGCCCGUGUUCAGAAAAACUGCUACU